CUAACAAAAAUUUACAUUUUUCCCUUUUUUUAUUAAUGCUAAUGAUGAUAUUAGUUAUUGUUUAUUUUUAGAAUUAACGUAACCUCCAAUUCGUCUGACAGACGAGAGUGUACAUCACUUACCUAGUAACCAAAAUUUUGUUAUAAAUUUUGUUUUUGUGAUGCUAAGUUCUCAAGAUAUUGACUUAAAUUUAGUUAACAAUGAAAAGCAAGAUUCGGAGUCAAAUUCGCACCUUUCGCUUGCUGAUUCAAUAGACAACACGAGACGUAGGAGUUCAAAUCGUUCGAUUAAGCGUAGAAAGUUCGAUGAUGAACUAGUUGAAUAUAGUUUAGGAUUACCAGGCGUCUCUACUAUGAAAAGUAGUCGUUCACGAACCCAGUCAUUAAACACGUCGAAUUACGAAUACUACGGCGCUCCCACCCCUGUAACGCCCCCCGCACCCCCAGCAACUCCAUCUACCUCGUUUGCCCCUGAGGUAAAAAGGAAACAUGUUUCUAAAAGUUCAUCAGGUUCCUCCAAACGUAAGAAAGGACGCCAGCAAAAUCAAAUAGCAACCAAAGAUUUGGGCAGGUGGAAACCCACCGAUGAUCUAGCACUGAUUAUUGGUGUUCAGCAGACUAAUGAUUUAAGAACAGUUCAUUUGGGUACAAAAUUCUCAUGUAAAUUCACAGUACAAGAACUUCAGCAGCGCUGGUAUGCUUUGCUUUAUGAUAAAGCUGUUUCAAGGAUUGCUGUCGCUGCCAUGAGAAAUUUGCAUCCUGAUAUGAUUGCUAAUGUGCAGGAUAAGGCCCUUUGGAGUGCAGAGGAAGAAAAACUAUUGGCUGGAAUUAAUUCAAGUAGCAAUCCAAACUUGUCAGUAUUUGCUGAUUUACUUGUUCAACAUCCUGAAGUAUUCUAUCCAAGUAGAACUGCUUUGGCAUUGCAACGCCAUUGGCAUACAAUGCGUCUGUAUCAUCUGCUAAGGGACCAAACUCCACAGUCUCUUCCUACUGCUUCCAAACCUGUUUUAACCUUUAGUGACGCCGAAGACCUCCUACAAGACUCAGAACUUAGCGAACCACACGACGAAAUUCUAGACCGAGAGCUCCGUCUUCAACAGAGACUAAAUGCGAAAGAAAUCAGACAUUUGGAGAACGAAAUUGGGAGAUGGAAUGUUUUAGUGGAUAGCGUAACCGGUAUAUGUCCAGGAGAAAUGGACAGUCAAACGUUGGCAGUGUUAAGAGGUCGUUUGGUCAGGUAUUUGAUGCGUAGUCGGGAAAUAACUAUCGGGCGGAGCGCUAAAGGACAUGCAGUCGAUAUUGAUUUAUCUUUAGAGGGACCAGCAGAAAAAAUUUCACGAAAACAAGGGACUUUAAGAUUGAGAAAUACUGGCGAAUUUUAUUUGUCUUCGGAGGGUAAACGUCCCAUUUUUGUGGACGGGCGCCCCAUUAUGCCAGGCAAUAAAGUCCGUUUAAAUGAUAAUUCGGUAGUAGAAAUAGCAAGUUUACGUUUUAUUUUUUCAGUCAAUCAGGAAUUGAUCAAAGUUAUACAUAAUGAAUCUGUUAGAUUUAAUUUACCUCCAUGAAAACACUAAAAAAAGCAAAUUACCCUUAAUUAUUGAAUAAUUAUUAAGUAGUUGCACCUUUCAGGUAAUAAGUGUGGCAUUUUAAAGUCAAUUCGUUUUUCCUAAGUAAAUCUAAUAUUCAGUAAACAUAGAAGCACUGG